AUGAAUGAAGUGCUGCAGUACAUUGUGGUCACUGUCAAUGAGACCAUCACCAUCAUUGCCACCCUUACCUCCUACUUGUUUAUUCUCAUCACCAUCUCAAGAAUGUGGUCUGAAAAUGGAAGACAAAAAGCCUUUUCCACCUGGGCCUCCCACCUUGCAGCCAUCCUUGUCUUCCAUGGAACUAUACUUUUCAUUCAUUUCAGGCCCAACUCUGGCAGCAGUCUGGGCACUGACAAGGAGGCCAUGGUGAUUGAUUCAGAUUUUAACAAACAGAAGCCAUGUCAUUGUCAGAGAGAAAUAAGUGGGGCCGUGUUCACUCUUUCGGGCUUCUCAGAUUGCCCAGAAGUGCAGGUUCCCUUCUUUGUGGUAUUUCUGGCCAUCUACAGUGUCAGUGUUGUAGGGAAUGUAGGGAUGAUUGUAAUCAUCAAAAUUAACCCCAGACUGCACACCCCCAUGUACUUUUUCUUCAGCCACCUCUCAUUUGUGGAUUUCUGCUAUUCCUCUGUCAUUGCUCCCAAGAUGCUGGUGAACCUAGUUGUAGAAGACAGAACCAUUUGGUUUUUAGAAUGUGUAGUACAAUAUUUUCUCUUUUGUACCUUUGUGGUGACUGAGUCCUUUUUACUAGCUGUAAUGGCCUAUGACUGCUUUUUGGCCAUUUGCAACCCUCUGCUCUACACAGUUGCCAUGUCCCAGAGACUCUGUGCUAUGCUGGUGGGGGGAUCAUAUGCAUGGGGAGUAGGGUGUUCCUUGACACUCACAUGCUCUGCUUUGAAAUUAUCUUUUCAUGGUUCCAACAUAAUCAAUCACUUCUUCUGCAAGUUCUCCUCACUUCUUUCCCUUUCUUGCUCUAAUACUUACCUCAAUGAGUUGUUGCUUUUUAUCAUUGCUACUUUUAAUGUGGUGAGUACAUUACUCAUCAUUCCCACAUCUUAUUUGUCCAUCGUUGUCACCAUCUUGAAAAUGAGUUCAGCCAGUGGUCGUCAUAAGGCAUUCUCUACCUGUGCCUCUCAUCUGACUGCAAUCACUAUCUUCCAUGGCACCAUCCUGUUCCUCUACUGUGUGCCCAACUCCAAAAACUCCAGGCACACCAUCAAAAUAGCCUCUGUGUUUUACACGGUGGUGGUCCCCAUGUUAAAUCCCUUGAUCUACAGUCUGAGGAAUAAGGAUGUCAAGAAUACAGUCAGCAAGAUAAUGGAUGCUAAAGUCUUUUCUCAUUAA